AUGGCAGAGGAGUGUGACCAAUCCGGUGCGUCAGAAUUCAUUAAAGAUCGGCUGUACUUUGCCACUCUUCGUGUCAAACCGAAGAACACAGCCAGCACACAUUACUUCAGUGUGGAUGAGGAGUUCCUAUAUGAAAGUUUCUAUGCAGACUUCGGUCCCCUCAACCUGGCCAUGCUGCACAGAUACUGCUGCAAACUCAACAAGAAGCUCAAGUCCUUCACCAUGUCCAGGAAGAAACUGGUCCACUACACCAGCUACGACCAGAAGAAAAGAGCUAACGCUGCUGUCCUCAUCGGAUCCUACGCUGUUAUCUAUUUGAAAAGAAGUCCAGAGGAAGCCUACAGGACUCUGAUCUCAGGAAACAACACAGGCUACCUGCCAUUCAGGGAUGCAGCAGUGGGAGAGUGCUCCUUCAACCUCACUGUGCUCGACUGCCUACAGGCAGUACGCAAGGCGUUACAACACGGUUUCCUGGACUUUGAAAGCUUCGAUGUGGAGGAAUAUGAACAUUAUGAGCGCGUAGAAAACGGGGACAUGAACUGGAUCAUUCCAGGGAAGAUCCUGGCGUUCAGCGGCCCCCACCCCCGCAGUAAGAUAGAGAACGGUUAUCCUCUCCACGCACCAGAGGCGUACUUUGCGUACUUUCACCAAAAUGCCAUCACAGCCGUGGUGCGUUUGAACAGGAAGUUGUAUGAGGGCAGGCGCUUUGAGAAUGCUGGGAUUGAGCACCACGACCUCUUCUUCCUGGAUGGGACCACGCCCUCUGACCUCAUCGUCAGGCGCUUCCUGCACGUGUGUGAGAGCGCAGAGGGGGCGGUGGCUGUGCACUGUAAAGCUGGCCUGGGCCGGACAGGCACUCUGAUUGGCUGCUACCUGAUGAAGCACUUCCGCUUCACUGCAGCUGAAGCCAUUGCUUGGAUCAGAAUCUGCCGGCCCGGAUCUAUCAUCGGUCCACAGCAGAACUUCUUAGAGGAGAAACAGCACAGUUUGUGGGUGCAGGGUGACGUCCACCGCUCCAAACAGAAGCUGGUGCAGCAGAGACUGAGCCGGCGACAGCAGCUACAGCAGCGUCAACAGCAGCUUCACAGCCCGGACUCUGAGGGCGGGAAACAGGAAGCCAUGUCCCGCCUGCUGUCAAGCAUGGAUGACCUGUCAAUCAACACCACCCUCUACAAAUCAUACAGCUUGGACGAGAAUAACUGCAAGGAAAGCAGUCUGACUCAGGGAGACAAGCUGAGAGCACUGAAGGGAAAACGACCUCCUAGAUCAGUCUCAUCCUCCUCAAGGUUAAAUUUGUCCAAGUCCUCUCACUGCUCCAUCCUCCCUCCCCCAAAGUCCACCAAAGUCCCCCUCUCCUUCUCCUCCUCCUCCUCCUCUAAGAAGCUGGUACGAAGCUCCUCCUCCUCCAUCACACAGAUCAAGAGUCCCUUCAGCCUCAGUCUGUUCAGCACCAGGCCGGCCGUCAUCCACUGA